AUGACCAUGUUUUCAGAAUUCAUUGAUAGUCAUUUUCUCGUUGACCUACCAUUGGAAAGAGCAGCCUUUACUUGGUCUAAUGGUUGGGAUCCAGUUACUUUUUCCCGGUUGGAUAGAUUUCUGAUUUCUGGGGCGUGGGAAGAGCAUUUCCCGGAUGUCUCUCAGGCUGUUCUGGUUAAAGUGACAUCUGAUCAUGUGCCUUUAGUUCUUGAUUGUGGUGGUUUGAGUUCUAGACGCACUCCUUUCCGCUUUGAAAAUAUGUGGCUAAGAUCUGAGGACUUUCAAGGGAAGUUUCUUAAAACUGAGUUAAAGAGGUGGAAUAAAGAAGUGUUUGGGAAUCUUGAAUGGAAAAAGAAUAGAGUUUUUGCUGAUAUUGCUAAGCUCAAUCGUCUUGAUGAGGUGGGACAGAAUGGGGAGUCAUUACAUUCUAAAAGAGCCUCUUGCCAAGCGGUUUUUGCUGAGAUUGCUCUUAUGGAGGAGAUUUCGUGGCGCCAGAAGUCUCGGGCUUUGUGGUUAAAAGAUGGGGAUCGUAAUACAAAAUUCUUUCAUAGACUUGCUAACACUCAUAGAAGAUGUAAUCACAUCGGGCGUAUCCGGGUCAAUGGUUCUGAGUUGUGGAGGGAGGAUGAGGUGCGCGGGGGAAUCGUUUCUUUUUAUCAGCAGCUCUACACUGAGACUUUGGGUUGGAGACCUACUCUUGAUGGUCUUCCUUUUAAUUAUAUUUCUGCAUUGGAUAGUGAUAGGAUUGAGAUUCCAUUCAUGGAGGAGGAAGUGCUUAAGGCACUUUCUAGUUGUAACGAGGACAAAGCUCUAGGGCCAGAUGGGUUUACUAUUCGAUUUCUUAAGGAGAGUUGGGAGGUGGUGCGAGCUUAG